ACAACAACACCAGUCUGGAGUACGACGACGCCCACGCAGGACGCUGGUGGGGGACGGUCCCGCCGACGUAAACAAACCAUGGCUGAUAUACGUCUUGAAGUUCCUGCCGAAAAUUCGGUUCUAGAAGUGUUAUAUGAUGGCAUGGAAUUAUAUCAACAACCUCCGACUAUGUCGGAGAACCUCACUCAGUUAGCAAGAAAGAUUGACUUUGCAACUGAUGGGGAAGAUGUAACAACUGAAGAAAAAAAAGAGGAGGAGGAAGAGGAGGAAAAACAACCUUUUCAACAACCUCAUUGGCCCCUUGAAGAUGUUAGAAAUAAGAUAAGACAAGCUUUAACAGAGAUGUCUGUUUUGCAUGACUUACUGGUAAUAGUGAAACAGAAGCCUCCACAGUAUAUGGUACUGGACCCUGUACAGGCUGAAGCUCCAGAACAGAAAAGUUACAUACAAUUCCUGUCUCUUAAAAAGAAUGGGAGUCUUCAGUCUGCUGCCACAAUUCUCUUAAAUGGAGCUGAACGCCUUCGCACAUCUCAAGCAGAAAUGGGUCGGCCAAAUCGUGCAGUACAUGAUUUUCAUAUCGAAUUGCUGAGAUUACGGCAAAACUGGCGGUUGAAAAAGUUUGGUAACAAUAUUAUAGGGGACUUGUCGUACCGUUCUGCUGGCUCAAUGUUCAGACAAACUGGCAUAUUUGAGGUAUCGAAAGCUGAUGAAGCAUCAGGACCCAGUGCCGUGGUUGGUCCAGGAGCAGCAUCACCCGUGUCCCCAAUACCUGCACGUGGCUUACAGUCAUCACUGCGGGUCACUGUUCCAACAGAGCUGAUGGGUUCUGCAUACAUUUUUGUGUGCAUUAAAAAAGAUGAAGAAGACAUUUGUUCAGCUCAGUUAACUAGCAAUGAUUUUGUAGCAGGGGACACCCCAUGGCAACAGAAACUUGAGAAGGCUCAAAAUGUGCUCUUUUGUAAAGAAUUGUUCAGCCAGCUAGCACGGGAGGCUGUGAAGCUUACUCCAGCGAUACCUCACCUUGUUGUUGGUAACCAGAUCACUGCGACUAUUUUCCCCGGGAUACAUCUACUUGUGGGCUUAUGUCACUCUGAUGGGAAAAAUAAUGUCCGCAGUAAGGUCACGGCUGGUCAAGGCCCUAAUGUUGUUGGUGGACAAAACAGCACUAUGGUUGGUGGUGGUGGUGGUGGUGGAUUAGCCCCUGCAACUGUUGGAGGUGCUGGUCCUUCCAAAUACAAACACGAGCAUGAUUUAGAACACUCACUUCACCAGCUACUACAUCGUGUAUAUCAUCACAGUUUUCAACACCCUCUUCCACACCCAGUAUAUGCUCCAAUGGGUAUGAGUAAACGUAGAAGGGCUGCCGGACCAGAAGGAAUGGAUAAAAAUCUGAUGAUCAGCUUGAUGAAGGAGCAGACAUUGUUGGAACAAAUAAUACGGCAAGUGCAACACAAUUUCCUCCGACUACGCACCAUGUAUGUGAUAGAUCAAUUGGCUGCCGAGUUCAAGGACCCACUGAUUGUUUCCCACUGGAAUGCUUUCAACUCGCCAACCCAAUCAUGUGUUAAAAUUAACAUAGUUACACAGGGGUAUGAUACUGUAUUACGGACAAAGUUAGUGAUUCAUAUCUUUGAAAGGACAUUGAAGUGCAUUUGUAGAGAUGGUAAAAUCAUGACAAUGUCCUUCGAACCACAAGAACUGCGAAAUCUGAUACUUUGCCAGAUCUCUCAACAUAAUAUGGCUGCUUUACAAGGUCUGGCUAAGUUCACUGGAUGGACGCUUUUGUCAUCUGAGCAGAACAUUGGAACUGGUGCAAUAGAACCACUUGGUAAUGCUUCAACAGUUAUGCUAGCUUCACCCUCUGGAAAUAAGGUUAUAGGCGUUCAUUCAGGUCCCCAUCAACGUGUUUCUGUUUAUGUGUCGUCAUCACCUCGUCCAGAUUUCUAUCCAUCUACUGUUGUAAUGGAGCAGAGAUGGGAACAUCUAGGAUCCAACUGGCAGGAAGUUCGUCUUGAUCGUAUGGAAGGAAGAAAUUUUCUGAAUAAAAUGGAGCUACUAAUGGCAGCCCUUACAGCAUGAGAGUAUCUAUACUAGAGAAAUAACUACUUCCUCAUAUUGAGAAUGUAAUAUGAAUAACAUUUCUGUACAAAAUUAUAAUUUCAUAUACUGUAAUCCAAUAAAAAAUGUAUCCUUAUUUAUAUUUAUAGUUAUAUACAGUGCUGUCUCAUCAUUAUUUAUCAGUGAAGCAAAUGUAUACAACUUCUGGAUAGGAAUCAUCAAUACACAACUACACAUGCUCAAGAAUACUAACAUAUCCCCACAUGCAUACUAACAUAUUCCCACAUGCAUAUUAACAUAUCCCCACAUGCAUACUAACAUAUCCCCAUAUGCAUACUAACAUAUCCCCAUAUGCAUACUAACAUAUUCCCACAUGCAUACUAACAUAUCCCCACACGCAUACUAACAUAUUCCCACAUGCAUACUAACAUAUUCCCACAUGCAUAUUAACAUAUCCCCACAUGCAUACUAACAUAUCCCCAUAUGCAUACUAACAUAUUCCCACAUGCAUACUAACAUAACCUCCAACAAAGACUCUUAAAGGAGUCAGAUCUCCAGUUUUAUGGAGACCAAUGACUUCCAUACCCCAGGUCAACAGGGAUUUGAAGCAGGAAGAUCACGCCUUUCGCAGCUACUCGACCACUAUGAGAAAAUCACUGAUGCAUUAGAAGAAAAACAAUGCAGAUGUUGUACACACAGACUUUGCAAAGGCAUUUGAUAAAUAUGACCAUGGAGUGAUGCUCCACAAAAUGAGGUCAGUAGGAAUAACAGGUAAAGUAGGACGAUGGAUAUUCAAUUUUCUGUCAAACAGAAUGUAAAGAGUAACAUUCAACUAAAUAAAAUAGUCUAAUCACAGUUAAAA